AUGUCAUUGCCGCCAGAGGUCCGCGCGCGGUAUAUCGCUAUCAUUGAUUCAAUCCUCGAGAGUGCUGAUCUCACGACUAUCACGACUAAGAAGAUUCGGCAAGGCAUACAAGAUCAAGUCGAAUAUGACAUCACGCCGCAGAAGAAUGCUAUCAGGGACUUGAUUGGCGAGAGGUUCGAUCUCAUGAACGCGAGGAGAAAUGGCGAGACUACAGUGGUUCCCUCAGUCGAAACAGCCGAAACGGUCGAACCUGCCCCUCACACUAAUGGCGUCCAUCAUUCUUCUGCACAAUCCUCGAGCUCACCAGCCAAACGUGAGGCGGAGAGUGAAGAUGUUUCUGAUGCCAUAGAUGCACAACCUCCAAAGAAAAAACAGAAAUCGGUCAUCGACGCAGAUGCUGCAUACGCUGCCCGUUUACAGGCUGAAGAAGACAAAUUGGCUCGGCCCACCCGUGGCGGAGCGACCCGGAAGACGGCUCCUGUCAAAAAGAAGAAGAGAACAAAGAAGGAGCGCGUGACUGGAUCCGAUGACUCGGAGCUCGAGGGAGAGGAGCGCAAGCAGAAACCUAAGCGAGAAACCGGCUUCCACAAGCCACUCAAUCUUUCGCAGGCACUAUCAAAUCUGUUCGACGGGGCAACACAGCUAUCCCGCCCAGAGACCACCAAGCGCAUAUGGGCUUACAUUAAAGCAAAUGACCUUCAAGAUCCCAGCGACAAGCGCUAUAUCAUCUGCGACGACAGGAUGCGAGAGGUCUUCAAGCAGGACAAGGUCCAUAUGUUUACCAUGACAAAAUUGAUCUCGCAGCAAAUGUAUAAUCCAGACGAAUGA